AUCAGCCAGGUUCAUUGAUUCUAUUUUUUUUUUUUUUUCGUCUCUCACACUGUUUUUUUAUUUUUUAUUUGGUGGACUUGUGAGCAAGUUGAUUACAGAUAAAAGUAGGAGAACUGGUGGCGCAAUCUCGAAAAAUGUUUUGUUAGAGGUGAGGGGCAAUAAAUGAGCGCAGCAGAUGUUUCUGGAUGUUGGCAGUGGUUGCAGCACGCUUUGCUCAUUUAGACUCUAGCCAGGUUAGCUCUUCAGAGAGCAGCACAUGUGACACUAAUCCCAAUAGACUCCAGAGAUAAGGUAACAUGAUAAUGUGAUGCUUCUUUCUGUUGUUCUGUUGUCUCAUGUUUUAGUAUAAAAACACUGGCUGCAUUCCACUUUUCCGUCCUUGUUUUUUGAGCGUGAUGGCCAUGCUUAAAUGAAAGUAGGGUAAAAUGUGGCUGUAGGCCCCCUGUGGCCCUUUUGUUUCUUUUUUCAAAACACUGCAGGUUUACUGCCAGUUCUGCAGUUUUUCUGAAACUAAAUAAAUAAAUGAAACACAUUUUUAAAGAAUAUUAUGUAUGUGCUUGCGUGAAACUCUCCACUAUGAUGUUAGGUUAUACUUGGGGCUGUCAAAGCCAGUCUGCUAAUUUUUGGCUGUCGAAAUAGACAGAUUACCCCGGAAAUCAUUUAUGUUUUCUUUUUUUUAAAUUCUCAGAUUAUAAUUCCAUCUAGUCGGAGUGUAUCAAACGUGUGAUAUUUUGAGUCGAAUUUAGAGGAAAUCUCAGUGUAUGACGCUCCUGUUCUGCACAUUUGAUUUAAUGCAUUCAAAUUAACGUUUGGCAGCACAGUCUAAAAAAGUCUUAUGGUUUAAUGUACUAAAACAAUGACCAGGGUUGAUUUAUUUCAUGUUUUAGCUGAAACUCUCAUUUUAGCUCUUUAAUGGAAAUAUUUGUGCAAAAGUAUGUUUUGGUUUUAUCAAUCCUAUUUUUGUAUUUAUUGAUUUGUUUUAAGUCUUUACAUUUCUGUGUGUAUUGAUUAUGGUUGACAAGGGGUGAUUCCCCAAAAAUCCCGGAAGGUUUCCAAAAUUUCUGGAAUGUUUCUGAAAUAUACUGUAUAAUUUUCCACCUUUUUGCAACCCUAGCAGGGCUCCAAACUGCGACUAAAACGGUCGCAUUUGCGACCAAAAAUAUUAAUUUGCGAGUGAAGUUUUUGCUGCGACUUGAUUUUUUUUCCUGAUUGUUUUGCGAUCACAUCUUUUAUGUCCACGUAUUAAACCGAGACGAUGCGCAUCAAAGUUUUAAUGGAAAAAGGAGUUUCAAACAGUCCUCAUCUCUGCCGAAAUGCCCGCUAAACGCAGCUCAGUCGUGAAGCGCGAGAGAUCAAAAUGACGGAGACGUGCAAAGUGAAAGUGCAGGGUCUAUUUCAUGCACAACUUGAACAAACUUCAACAGGAAUUGAUGUCCACUAUGGCCACGUUUCGCUUUGGGCAGCACAUCAUAAAGUCCUCAGCGGUGUUUUUGAAGACGGAGUUGUCCUUUGCACUAGUCAACCGAAAGCCGGUCGUGCCUGGCCAUGUUCUAGUUUGUCCUCUUCGUGUCGUUGAGAGAUUCCGAGACCUUCGUCCUGAUGAGGUGGCAGAUCUGUUCAUGACCACACAGAGAAUAGCCGAUGUGAUUGAGAAACACUUUCAGGCAUCCUCCCUAACCAUCGCCAUUCAGGACGGACCUGAGGCAGGACAGACGGUGAAGCAUGUCCAUGUUCACGUGCUUCCAAGGAAGGCUGGGGACUUUGAGAAGAACGACAGCAUCUAUGAUGAGCUCCAGAAACAUGAUCGGGAAAACGAGGAUGUUCCUUCCAAAUGGAGAUCAGAAGAGGAGAUGGCCAAAGAGGCAACAGAAUUACACAGCCUCUUCAACUAGCUUCUUUAGCCAGGGGUAGAAGACCUGCAGAUGGAGAACAGCAAGUUGAUACAUGUUCUUAUCUAUCUUUUUGACCGUUUAUUCAAAUAAAAAUUUUAGUUUA